CGUGUAUAACAUGUAUAAGGUCUGUAUUUAAUCGAUUGUAUGUUCCCAAUCAGCCUUUUAUUUCUAAAGUCGUAUCAACGAUUGUUGGUGGAUUACUAUUCCUCAAGAAUGCCAUUAUCUAAACAUUUGACUUCCAAGGAGGAGAACAAUUAUUUGAAGCUAAUGCAUCUUUUGUAUAAAGUAUCACAGUCAGCUAUUGAAAAGACUGUUGACCAAGCGUUAUACCCAGAUACACUAAAGACAGCGAUCUCCAAAUGCAAAAUUUGGAAUAAACUUUUAUCACUAAAGAGGAACGGCAAGAUCAGUGCAACACAAUGGGCAUCGCUUAAUCUACCAAGUGGAUUAGAACUACAGUCCUCUAACCUAGAUAUGACCCUUUUGAUAUUCCUACUAAACAACAUAACCAACAUCAAAGUCGAUAGCAUGACAUCACUAGCUAACUAUAACAUUGACUUCAGCAAAGGAACGGCUGUAUCUACCAUAAAGUUUUACAGAAACAAGUUGGUUCAUAUAGAUAAUUACUCCUCUAUAUCAGAUCAAACAUUCAACGAAAUAUUUGAAGCAUUGACAAAGGCCAUAAUCAAACUAAAUCCAGCACUUGGCAUAGACUGUGAGUCAAUAAAGCAUGCAACAUUAAGCUUUGAUAAACACGUUGGAAUCCUAACAGCACUGCAUGCUAUGUGUCACGAUGGAAAUUACGAGUCGGCAAAAGCGUUGAUUCGACAAGGAUUACCAAUAAAUGGGGUGGACUAUCUUGGCUUAACACCACUUCAUGUAGCAUCACACGAAGGUCAUACAAAUAUAGUUGAACUUUUACUUAACCAUGGCGCAAAAGCUGUAGUAAACAAUGGAACCUUUUCUGGCUCUAGGCCAUUACAUUUUGCUUCACAUGAAAAUCAUAUAGAUAUUGUGAAAAUUCUACUUGAUAAUGGCGCACAUGUCAACGACAGCAAUAAAAAUGGUUCCACGCCCCUUCAUUUGGCAAGUUAUAAUAAUCUUACAGAAAUAGCAGAAUUUCUUAUAAAGAACGGUGCAGACAUAAACAGAGGUAAAUCAGAUAAGCGGACCCCGUUACAUGUCGGUUGUCGAGCUGGUAACCAGGAAAUUGUAAGCUUAUUGUGUAGAUAUAAGGCAUUGGUAGAUCAACCAGAUAAACAUGGGCAAGUACCAUUGUUUUAUGCAGAGGAAAAUGGAUACAGAGAAAUUAUUCUAAUUUUACGGUCAAUAAAUCAAUCUGGUAGCAAUGAUCAGAAUGUAUCAUAUAUUUGGUUGUUUUUGUCAUUCGUAGUGAUAAUGUUUGGUGUUCGAAUAUAUCUUAACAAUAUCUAGUUGCUUUGAAGAGAUAAUAUUCUUCAUAACAAUUUCCAGUUCACACACUUGACAGUAGUGUGAUGGUGUACAUUGUAACGUUGUCAAAGAGUUAAUUGGAACUAUAAAAACUAAUACUUUGAUAUGCAUUAGCCUUAAGAUGUAUUGAAUUUUCCACCAAAGCUUGUGAGACUGUAUUGACUAGCAGAUCUAGAUACUUUGUUUCUACAAAAGUGUGGAAUGUUUC